UUCUUCACAUUAUCACAGCGAAACCGAAUUGUCGAAGAUCCCGAUCCGGAGAUGGAGACGCAUCCGAAACGAAUUAACAGGUGGAUACCUUUAGCGUUUCUCCUUAUCCACUCCGUCGCCAUUCUGAUCUUCACUCGCGGAUUCCUCCUUACUCGAACAGAGCUUCCUUUCCACAGCACUUGCUCCGACGCUUCACUGUCUCCCUGCCUCUCUCCCAAUCCCCCGAUUCAUCACUCAUACUCCAAUCAGAACCAGCCGAAAUGUUGGACCAAACCGGUCGUAGACCGCGUCGUGAUCAUCGUCUUGGACGCUCUCAGAAUCGAUUUCUUAGCCCCGAGUGCUUUCUUCCCAGAAGCAAAGCCGUGGAUGGACAAAUUAACAGUCUUGCAGAACCUUGCCUUUGGUAACGAAUCCUCUGCUAAGAUCUUUAAGGCUUUUGCUGAUCCUCCUACUACCAGUCUGCAGCGUCUCAAGGGAUUGACGACGGGAGGGUUGCCUACUUUUGUCGAUGUUGGGAACAGUUUUGGUGCUCCUGCUAUUGUUGAGGAUAAUUUUAUUAAUCAGCUAGUGCUAAAUGGGAAACGGUUGGUGAUGAUGGGUGAUGAUACUUGGACACAGUUGUUCCCUAAUCAGUUUCACAAGUCGUACCCUUUCCCUUCUUUCAAUGUUAAAGACCUAGAUACUGUUGACAAUGGAUGCAUUGAGCACCUAUUCCCAACUCUUUACAAAGAUGACUGGGAUGUUCUCAUUGCGCAUUUUCUUGGCGUGGACCAUGCAGGACACAUAUUUGGAGUGGAUUCGAUGCCGAUGAUUAAUAAGUUGGAGCAAUAUAAUACAGUUUUAGAGAGAGUCGUUGAUAUAUUGGAGAGCCAGGCGGGACCAGGUGGCGUGCAUGAGAAUACUAUGCUUAUCGUAAUGGGUGACCAUGGGCAGACAUUAAAUGGGGAUCAUGGCGGAGGGACUGCUGAAGAGGUAGAAACAACCAUGUUUGCCAUGAGUACGAAGAAGCAUACAACUUCGGUUCCUCCUGAGUUUGAUACUUCAUCUUGUAAACAAGAUCCGGACGGGAAGCAGAUGUGCAUCAGCUCCAUCGAGCAGCUUGACUUUGCGGCAACGUUGUCAGCUUUGCUUGGGAUAUCUUUUCCUUUCGGAAGCAUUGGGCAUGUCAAUCCUGAGCUCUAUGCCCUUGGUUCUAGCAGCUUGAAUUUAGAUAACACUAAGCAACCAGCUGUUAAAGAGUGGAUGAAAAGUUAUGUGAAUGUCCUGUGUGUGAAUGCUUGGCAGGUGAAAAGAUAUAUAGAUGUUUAUUCAAAUUCAUCCGUUGUUGGUUUCUCGUCCGAUGAUAUGUCAAGGAUAUCAAAUCUAUAUUCUGCAGCAGAACAUAAUUGGUCCAACUCUGUCAAACACAUAUUGAUGUAUAAUGAUGGAAACGAGGACAGUACAAAUACAUCUGCUCUCAAAGCGCAAAUCGCUGCAUAUUUGAAGUUUUUCUCAAGCGUUGCCGAACUUGCACGGUCUAAAUGGACAGAGUUCAAUCUGAGUUUAAUGAUCACUGGGUUUGGGAUAUUGGUUAUAUCACUCAUCCUUCAGUCUCUUGCUAUAGUUCAUGGUGAUAAUAAACCUUAUGGAGUGAGUUCUGGAUUAUCUACUGGUGCAGCUUUCACACUCUUCAUAGUAUUGAUCCGUGCUUGCAGCUUUCUUUCCAACAGCUAUAUUUUGGAAGAAGGAAAAGUUGCAAACUUUCUCCUGGCAACAACUGGACUUAUCAAACUGCGAUACUCGGUCAUGAGGAAAACAAUGCGGAAAGAAGCUUUUGUAUUUCUUGCCAUGGUUUCUGUUCUCAGAGUUUCUAUAGAUAUUGGGUUAACAAAGCAAGCAGCAACGUCUCAGUUUAUGAGUAGCUCACCAACGUGGAUGCUGGGGCUAGCUCCAGACCAUCCAGCAUUGACAUAUGCGAUUGAAAUUGCACCUAUCCUAUCUGUGGCUGCACUCAUUUGUGUACUCUACGUUGCGAUUGCUAGAACACACAGUGAGGGGAUAUGGAAGUAUGUUACUGUUGGUAGUAUGUUAAGCUACUUUUUGAUAGCAUUGCUGUGGGCUUCAGAGAGCAAGAUAUUUGGUUUUGAUGGUUUACUUCAAGUGAUUGGAGGAAGAAAUAUCAUCCCUCAAACGGUUUAUGUAAUCGGAUUGGUGCAGCUUUUCCUUUUAGCUUCUGCACAUAUGUUUUGCUCAGGAAAAGACAAGAAUUGGGGCAGCAGAACUGUCGCUCUUGUAUCUGCUUGUAGCUCGCCAGUGAUUCUCUUGUCUGGGAAGCAAGGAUCAAUGCUUGCAUUAGCAUAUUUGCUGGCUGGCUAUUGUAUUAUGAGGCUAGAGGGUGUAGAGAGAAGAACCAAAUCAGAUGGACAGAACAAAUUCUCAAAACUAGAUUCUGUGUGUGUUGUGCAAUGGAGUCUUCUUUCUGUAUGCAUGUUUUUCGCCAGUGGGCAUUGGUGCGCCUUUGAUGGUCUCCGCUAUGGAGCUGCAUUUGUUGGGUUUGAUGAGUUUGUGCUUAUACGACAAGCCAUCCUUUUGACAAUUGAAACAUUUGGAUUCUCGAUCAUCCUUUCUGUAUUUGGACUUCCUCUCCUUAUACCGUCUCAUGGAGAAAAGCGCCACCAGUUGUUUCAAAUGUACAUGCUCUACGGAGUUAUAUCCGCGACUACAGUCACAGCUACGAUCCUCUGCGUCACCAUCCACAGAAGACAUCUGAUGGUUUGGGGUUUGUUUGCUCCAAAGUUUGUCUUUGACGUUGUUGGUCUCAUCCUCACCGAUGUCCUCAUAUGUUUGGCUUCAGCUUUCUAUCUUUGAUUCAUACUUGCAGUUGAUAUAAGAUAUAACAGUAGAUUAUAUAUUUAUAUACUAGGUACUUGUUCUUUAUAAACUUUGUUAUGAAUGUAUACACAAUUAUCAGACCUCCUUUUUGAGCAUUGAUAAAUUAAUUU